AUGAUUGGAAAAAAAUUCAAGAACUUUGUUGGAGUUUAUUUCAAUAAUGAAAAUUGGGCCGUUGUUCCACAGAGCUGGAUUUUCAGUAACUCUUCUGGUCUGUCUUCGUACUGGCCUGGUGAAGGAAAUCCGAUCAAGCUGGCCCAGCAAAAAUGCCUUCCUGAUAAGAACAACUGGAAGAAAUGGCCUAUAGCGCGAGUUGCCGCGACUUCAGAUGACUUUUCUCAGGUGGAAGGCAUGAUGCUAUCUGACUGCUCCUCGUCUUCCGAGGACGAACUUGUUGAUGUCGGCACCACACCUCUGUCUUUGCCAGACUUCAACCCGCCACCGUAUCGGACUCUUCGGCCUGAGGAGGGAGCCGCACCUCUGUCCCUGCCAGACUUCAACAAGCCGCCGUAUCGGACUCUUCGGCCUGAGGAAGGCGCUACACCUCAGCCCCUGCCAGACUUUAACCCGCCGCCGUAUCGGACUCUUCGGCCUGAGGAGGGCGCCGCACCUCUGCCUCUGCCAGACUUCAACCCGCCGCCGUAUCGUACUCUUCGGCCUGAGGAGGGCGCCGCACCUCUGCCCCUGCCAGACUUCAACAAGCCGCCGUAUCGGACUCUUCGGCCUGAGAAAGGCGCCACACCUCUGCCCCUGCCAGACUUCAACCCGCCACCGUAUCGGACUCAUCGGCCUGCGAGUAUGAGCGCAAGUGGCCAGGGGCUGACGGCUUCACCUGACAGGAAGAAGUUGCGCUUAUCCGAGUGCGGGCCAACUUACAAGCCAGCGCCCUGCAGGCCGACACCGUCGACGCAGAGCGACGGCAGUUUCACCGUCAAUUCAGGAAGCGCACCACCUGGCCAAAGCAAUGCCCCACCUCAUGCUCGGGCUGGAUCCUCUCGACGCAGUCCGUGUCUACUAAAUCGUUCUAGUCCUUCUCAUGAACACGAAUUUUCAGGGUUGAGGUCCGCCACUGACCCAGGGGGCGCGCGUGCACUGAAGUCGCCAUCUGGCAAACAAAAACUCCAACAACGUGGAUCAGACAAUUCCAACCCUUCAUUGGCUGUGCCAGCAGCAGAAGAUUCUUGUGAUGCUCCGGAGUUGACCAGAAGUUUCCAGUAUGCCGCCGUGGAGAAGCGCCUAUCAGCCAUAGAAAAAGAACAAGCCUCACUUGGAAAAAUGCUGAAGAAAUCGUUGUUUUUUGGACAGGAGAACAACUUAUUGCUCAAGGAGCUUCACGAGAACAUCCUGCAAAUGAAGAGGAAGCCAUUGCAACCUCUCUUCUUCGAUACAUCUUUCAUGGAACCCGCUGCUACACUAGAAGAACUGGCAGUUUUGUUGGCUGGAGCAAACAUAAUCGAAACGCUACGAAGGCUGGAGGCCUCAUCGCUGAAAGCCACCUUGAGGGCGAUGCUCAAGCGCCUAAUGACGCGGGCCCUCGCGGUCACCUUCUCCUUCACCGGUUUGGACGGAAAACGAUUGAGAACUAAAAUAAGUCUCAGGGAACAUGGAAUUUACAGAGUUCUUCUUGACGCUAUUGACUGCACGUCUUUCGGAGGAUCUCCUCGGCAAGAAAUUGACCGGGCCCUGAAGUGUAUUAUGAAAAAUGUAGCGGACUGGGAAAAUUUCCGAGCCAGUCGUCGGAAAAAUGAAGAGCUACAACACAGUGAAAAAGUAGACGAUGCUGGACUGAAUUGCACUUCUUCCAUGCAAGCUUCGAACUCGGACCAAAACACUUCUCUGCUGACGCCGUAGCAGCCAAUUACGGCCCGCUAAAAAAAACACUCCUGCCCAAGGCUUUUUUUUUAUUUUUUCCGCAUUAUUUUAAACUUGACACUCAAUCUAUAGAAAGAUGAGUUGUCUUCGGACGUAGCCGGAAGAUUGUCAUUAGCUGGUUCUCUACUAUAUUCAAGUUUACUAGUCAGUCAUGUGUGCUCUUCAAAUAUCGGCUGAUAUUCUUCUUGGUCUUUAUUUUCUUAUCGUUCGAAUUUUUCUUUUACGGACACUCCGUACUACGUUAGUUAUUGUUGGGCUGCAACCAGUUAUUCAAGGAUGGGAUUGAUUCACAGCUGUAUUGAAUUUUUUAGUGUGAUGCACACCCGGUGUUAAUUAAAAACCUGCGCCCCCAAGUCACUUCCCUCAGAAGCAUUCAACUGCGACGCUCCGUUGGAGCCAAAAACUAAUAAACCUCCAGUCGGAGUUCUUAGCAUGGCGCAGCCGAGUUGCCAUGCUACUUUCUAACGCGUUACUCGUCACUCUUGUUACUCUCUAGUCUCAGCUGUGUUUUCUGUUGCUUUCUGACGUGUCAUCCUCUCCUUCCUGCCAUGCUAGCCUCCAGUCCAGGCGGUGUUACUUUCAACUUCAUGCAGUUUUACCCUCCACUCUCCGUUUGUGGCUUUCUUAUGAAAAAGAUGUUACUCUUAAU